CGAGGUGAGGGCGUCGGACGCGCGCACGUCACGUCUGCGUCUGUGUGUGUAUAUUUGGGCUCAGUGCCGUGGGUCGUGUUUUACCGGAUAAAUAGGAGCGGACCGAUCGCCGCUCGCUGCAGUGGAGUGUGUGUUUAAGUGUUCCUGUCAGAGACGUGUGUGUGGAGAGUGUGUGUGUGUGUGUGUGUGUGUGUGUGUGAGAGAGAGAUGGUGAUGGAGAAGCCGAGUCCCCUGCUCGUAGGACGCGAGUUUGUGCGGCAGUACUACACACUCCUGAAUAAAGCUCCGGAUUACCUGCACAGGUUUUACGGCCGGAGCUCCUCGUAUGUCCACGGCGGUCUGGACGGCGGCGGGAAGCCGGAGGAGGCUGUGUACGGUCAGACGGAGAUCCAUAAGAAGGUGAUGUCCCUGCAGUUCAGCGAGUGUCACACUAAGAUCCGUCACGUGGAUGCUCAUGCGACGCUGGGGGACGGGGUGGUGGUGCAGGUCAUGGGUGAGCUGUCUAACAGCGGCCGGCCAAUGAGGAGGUUCAUGCAGACGUUUGUGCUCGCUCCGGAGGGCUCUGCUGUCAAUAAGUUCUAUGUGCACAAUGACAUCUUCCGCUAUGAAGAGGAGGUGUUUGGAGACUCUGAGGCAGAGCUGGGAGAGUCUGAGGAAGAGGAGGCCGAGGAAGAGCCGGUGGAGACUCACGCUUCUCCCGACCCUGCUCCGGACCGACCCAGCAGCAGCACUUACUACGAGCCGCCCGCUCCGCCAGUCAGCAACGGAGUCGAGGAGCAGCAGGAGGAGGCGGUGCCAGAGGCGGAGCCAGAGCCCCAGCCUGAGGCCAAUCAGGAGACGGAGGCGGAGCUCAGCCCGGAAGCAGAGCCGCAGGCGGAGCCAGAGGAAGAGGAGAAGCUGCCAGAGGAGGAAAGAGGCUCCACCCCCGGCGUUGCUCUGACCCCGCCCCCUCAGACACCAGAACCGCCCAAGGCGUUCUCCUGGGCUCUGGUGACCAGUAAGAAUCUUCCUCCGGCCGGUGCUGGAGUCUCUCCUCUCGUGGGGAAAGCGGCUGGUGUUCAGCCGCGGGUGGAGGUCAAACAGGACGGUCAGUCGUUACCCAGAGAUCAGCGGCGUGAGAGACCAGGCUUCCCUCCACGAGGACCACGAGCUGAUGGCAGCGGCUCGGACGCUUCUGGAGGGAAACAAUACGUUAGUUUUAAGGGACGAGGUGACGGUGAUGGCGGGGACGCCGAGGGCCGGCGCUCUGUACGGUAUCCAGACAGUCAUCAGCUCUUUGUUGGAAAUCUUCCUCACGACAUCGAUGAGGGCGAGCUGAAAGACUUCUUCAUGACGUUUGGGAACGUGGUGGAGAUGAGGAUCAACACCAAAGGCGUCGGAGGGAAGCUGCCCAACUUUGGGUUUGUGGUGUUUGACGACUCUGAUCCGGUGCAGAGGAUUCUGGGAGCUAAGCCCAUCAUGUUCCGUGGCGAGGUGCGUCUGAACGUGGAGGAGAAGAAGACCAGAGCGGCACGUGAGCGGGAGACCAGAGGAGCAGUGGAGGGCCGGCGGGGGCCCCGGGGCCCCCUGGGAAACGGCACGGGCCGGGUCCCCACCAGGGGCGGGAUGAGCCGCUUCACUGGCCCUCGCCGCUGACCUCUGACCCCUCUCCUCUGCUCCUGCCUCGCUGUCUUUAAGACUCUCAGACUUUCCUUCUCUUACUCUCUUUACCGUUUCGCUCAGAAGAAUGCGACUGUGAUCUCUUUCCUGUAGAACAGAAGCUGAAUGUCACGAAGGGUUUCGUCACGAACUGAUUCCUCACGUUUUAUAACUGAUGAGCGGCAGCGCCUCGGCCUGGGCUCAGUCUACACUUAUUUAUUUUCCUAGUAAAUAAACAGUGGUGGUGCCUUAACUCGAUUCUCACCUGUGUGUGUGUGUGUGUGUGUGUGUGUGUGUGUGUGUGUGUGUGUGUGUGUGC